CAGCGUCCCCGGAGGAGGCGGGGGCCGCAGCCCGCUCAGCUCCCCGAGCCCAAAGCCUGCGCCACGGCGCUCCGAGGGCUGGCGAGGGCCGGGCUGGCGGGAAUCGCCCACCGGGCCACAGGGAGGAUAGCCUCAGAGUGGAGGAUCCUAGCUACGCCGGCUGCGGGUCUCCGUGUGCAACUUUUUAUCGCCUUGGGGUCCAGAUGCGAGACUUGGGGUUGUUUUCUAACUCUAUCCAUACAAGUGUGUGAUCUAAUAAAACAUUUUCUCCUCUCCUUGAAGCAGGAGCUUUUUUUUAUGACAUCUCCUUUCUGUCAGAGACACUUGCCUUCUUUGGGUUAUAAACUUUUGAUGCCAGACCUCUGCAGAACGCGCCUAACUGAAUCUUAAAGUAGCUUCACCGAGAGAGGCAGAGAACGCACAAUCUGUGACCUUCGUCCCUGCUCCUUCUUUCGCGCUCUCCCUCCCUGCGGGCUCCCUCCGCCCCAGGGAGCUUCGAGAAAGCUCUUUUUUGGAUGCAGGAGGGGGCAUCUGGUUCUGCUAGGCUGGAAAGCUGAGACUGGAGCCGAGGAAGAAUUAUUAGGCUCCGGAGAGCCUGGACUCAGCCUCUCCUCCUGCUCCCAGCUCCUGGCUUGCUCUCUCUUUCUCUCGGUGCUUUUGCCCCUCAACACUUCCGGCUGCUCUGAGAGGGCAGGGGACAAGGACCGUGCAGCUGCGGGAGUUCUGGGAAGUUGUUGCUGACAAGGAUGGGGGUCUGUGGGUACCUGUUCCUGCCCUGGAAGUGCCUCGUGGUCGUGUCUCUCAGGCUGCUGUUCCUUGUACCCACAGGAGUGCCGGUGCGCAGCGGAGAUGCCACCUUCCCCAAAGCUAUGGACAACGUGACGGUCCGGCAGGGGGAGAGCGCCACCCUCAGGUGUACCAUAGAUGAUCGAGUCACCAGGGUAGCCUGGCUAAACCGCAGCACAAUCCUCUACGCUGGGAAUGACAAGUGGUCCAUAGACCCUCGAGUGAUCAUCUUGGUCAACACUCCUACCCAAUACAGCAUCAUGAUUCAGAAUGUGGAUGUAUAUGAUGAAGGCCCUUACACCUGCUCUGUGCAGACAGACAAUCACCCCAAAACCUCCCGGGUCCACCUCAUAGUGCAAGUUCCUCCCCAGAUAAUGAACAUCUCUUCAGACAUUACUGUGAAUGAAGGAAGCAGUGUGACCCUGUUAUGCCUUGCAAUUGGCAGACCAGAACCAACGGUGACAUGGAGACACCUGUCAGUCAAGGAAGGCCAGGGCUUUGUGAGCGAAGAUGAAUACCUGGAGAUCUCUGACAUCAAACGUGACCAAUCUGGGGACUAUGAGUGCAGCGCCUUGAACGAUGUGGCUGCCCCUGAUGUGCGGAAAGUAAAGAUCACUGUGAACUACCCUCCCUACAUCUCGAAAGCCAAGAACACUGGUGUGUCAGUUGGUCAGAAGGGCAUCUUGAGCUGUGAAGCCUCUGCUGUCCCCAUGGCUGAAUUCCAGUGGUUCAAGGAAGAUACCAGGUUAGCCACUGGCCUGGAUGGAGUGAGGAUUGAGAACAAAGGCCGCAUGUCCACUUUGACUUUCUUCAACGUCUCAGAGAAGGAUUAUGGGAACUAUACCUGUGUGGCCACAAAUAAGCUUGGGAAUACCAAUGCCAGCAUCACACUGUAUGAAAUAAGCCCCUCAUCAGCAGUGGCAGGGCCUGGAGCAGUCAUUGACGGUGUAAACUCGGCCUCUAGAGCACUGGCUUGUCUCUGGCUCUCAGGGACCUUCUUUGCCCACUUCUUCAUCAAGUUUUGAUAAGAAACCAUAGGUCCUCUGAGCAUCGCCUGCUUCUCCAUGUUACAGACUUUAAUCUACACUGCGGAGGGCAAACCAGUUUGGGCUUCUUUUCCUAAUUUUUGUUCUCCUUGAUUUUUUUAAAAUUUGGUUUGUU